AUGAUUGUCAAAAUUCAACAACACCCUCCUCCAAAACCUCCACCAUUACAACAGGCUCCGCCUCCUCCAAAACUUGCACUAUUGCAACAAAUUCCACCUCCUCCAAAAUUUGCAUUUCCACAACAGCUCAUAUUGCCAAGAUUGCCCAUGUCAGAGGAGCCUAUAUCAAAGCUGGGAGCAUCAUCUACUUUUGGUGGCUCGAAUCCCUUUGACCGAAAUGUUGUUAUACCAAUUGUCCAUUCAGUUACAAACAGCCAGAAAUCAGCAAUUGUAUAA